UAAGCACCAGUGCUUCGCGUCAUCUCUUUCGUAAAUAAUGUCGUUUCUGAAAAGUUUAGCUUAUGGGAUACCCUUGCAUCCUUUACCUCAAGUAAAGAAACGAGAUGAAUCAACUCCACAUGCUCCAGUCAGAAAUACAUAUUUGACUUCAGAAGAAGAACAAUUGGCUCUCCAGAAUAAUCUCAGGUAUUUUCCAAGCCACCUUCAUCAUGAACUUGCCCCAGAGUUUGCAAAAGAGUUGAAAACCUAUGGGCAUAUAUAUAUGUAUCGAUUUAUACCCGCGUUUGAGAUGCGGGCAUAUCCAAUUGAUGAUUAUCCGGCGAAUUGCAAAGAAGCAGCUGCAAUCAUGCUCAUGAUCAUGAAUAACCUCGACCCACGUGUAGCUCAGUUUCCGCAAGAGCUGGUAACUUACGGUGGGAAUGGUCAAGUAUUUUCAAACUGGGCCCAAUUUUGGUUAGUGAUGAAAUACCUCAGCAAAAUGAGUACGUCCCAAACCUUGGUGAUGAUGUCUGGACAUCCAUUAGGUCUCUUCCCAUCCAAUUCCUUAGGACCUCGCAUGGUGAUUACGAAUGGGAUGAUGGUGCCUAAUUACUCGACGAGGAGGAAUUAUGAUCGUCUGUUUGCCAUGGGUGUCACGAUGUAUGGACAGAUGACAGCUGGUAGUUAUUGCUAUAUUGGUCCUCAAGGAAUUGUCCAUGGCACCACAUUAACCUUAAUGAACGCAGGAAGGAAGUAUUUGCAUUCAAAUAACAUGAUGGGCAAGGUAUACAUCAGUUCUGGUCUUGGAGGGAUGAGCGGCGCUCAGGCAAAAGCUGCAGUGAUAUGUGGAUGUAUUGGAGUCAUAGCAGAAAUUGAUAAAAGUGUUCUCCAGAAGCGUUUUGAUCAAGGAUGGGUUCAAGAAAUUAUUGAUGAUUUGGAUACUUUAAUUGCACGUAUUCGAGAAGCGAAGAAGAACAGAAUAGCCACAAGCAUUGGGUUUUGGGGCAACAUCGUCAAUGUUUGGGAAAGGAUUAAAAUUGAAUAUGAAAAUACAGGAAAACUGCUUGCAGAUUUAGGUUCUGAUCAAACAUCAUGUCAUAAUCCAUUUGACGGUGGUUACUUUCCUGUACAGUUGACAUUUGGAGAAGCAAAAUCAUUAAUAACUUCUGAUCCAACUCGAUUCAAAGAUCUAGUGCAAGAAAGUCUCAGGCGUCAUAUAUCAGCGAUUAACUUCUUAUCAGAAAAAGGUUUAUUUUUCUGGGAUUAUGGCAAUGCAUUUCUUCUUGAGGCUCAUAGAGCAGGUGCCGAUGUGGGAGCGAAGGAAGAAAAUGGACGACUCGUCUUUCGAUAUCCGUCUUAUGUACAGCACAUAAUGGGGGAUAUCUUUUCACUAGGAUUUGGUCCUUUCAGGUGGGUAUGUACCUCUGGAAACAAACGAGACCUGCAAACUACAGACAAUAUAGCGGCAUCUGUUCUGGAAGAUAUUGUGGAAGAAGGAGUACCACCUUUAGUGGAAGAUCAGUACAGAGACAACAUCAAAUGGAUUAAAGAAGCUGCAAGUCAUUGCCUUAUUGUAGGUUCACAAGCUAGGAUUCUGUAUGCAGACCACAAAGGAAGACUGAGAAUAGCAUUAGCAUUUAAUCAAGCUUUAAAAGACGGCCUCAUAGAAAGCCCAAUAGUUUUAAGCCGCGAUCACCAUGAUGUCAGCGGCACCGAUAGUCCAUUCCGUGAAACCUCCAAUAUCAGCGAUGGUUCUGCGUUUUGUGCAGAUAUGGCUGUUCAAAACUGCAUUGGAGAUGCUUUCCGAGGAGCUACAUGGGUCGCCUUGCAUAACGGAGGAGGCGUUGGCUGGGGUGAGGCUAUUAAUGGAGGAUUUGGAUUAUUGCUCGAUGGUAGUCAAGAAACAGAACAAAAGGCUAGAAUGAUGUUGACAUGGGAUGUCCUCAAUGGAGUUGCAAGGCGAUGCUGGUCAGGAAACAGCAAUGCCAUGAUUAGUAUACAACAAGCAAUGCAGGAUGAACCUAGAUUAGAAGUAACUAUUCCUCAUGAGAUACUGGAUGAUAGCUUAGCAGAAAGUCUGCAGUCAGAAUAGAUGAACAAAAUAAUAUCAGUUAUAAGUACAACUGAAAAGAUACACAUUUUGAAUCUAAUUCUGUACUGUAAAACAAACCUCAUUGAUUGUUAUUUGCUUAUUUUUUUAUUUUAAUUUUCUAAUAGAAUAAAACUGAUUUUAAAUGUGU